AUGUCCGCAGAAGGCGAUGAUCCCGCAUCAUGUUUACGCAGUGGUGAUAUCCUGCUGAUGAAUCGCAGAUGUAUGAAAAUGCGAGAUCCCAUUGGUAUCGCUAUUUGUCUUCUUAACAAAACAGAAUGUCCAUUUGAUCAUGUUGCAAUGGUGAUGAAACUUAAUGAGGAACAAGUGGAACAACAACAACAAGCAGGAACUAUACAUCCCAAUGAUCCUAUUUCACCUUCUGGUACAUAUGUACUAGAAACGAACCUCAGUGGGGUUACAUUACGGGCUUUGGAAAACCGUUUGGCAAGAUCUUCUUCAAAUAGCGUUUCUGUUCGUUUUCUGCAUAUGGGUGAAACUCGUGACGAACAUGAAAAAUUACUCUAUAACCAUCUUCCAAGAGUUAGUAAUAUUCCCUAUAAGAUGGAUUUUGUAGGGUUUAUUCCUUCUUUUUUUAGUCCUCCAGACAAAAUGGAUCGUAUAAAAGCAGCUCAUAAACUUUAUUUACUAUCCAAAGAAAUUGAAAACAUUAAUAAACUAUUACCUAUGAUGGUACAUAAAAAAGAUGAUGCUACCACUCUGCAGACUCUUCGUCAGACAUAUUAUGAAGCUUCUAUAUUUCUACAGGAUAUGUAUUUUCCACAUUUGGAACGUCUUAAAAAUGAUAACCAAGUUCCUUUACUAAAUUGGAAUGAAGGACACUUUGUUGUUGAUGGUAGCAAUGUUGAAAAUGGACUCUUCUGUUCUGAACUGAUUGCUCAUUUAUGGCAAACGAGUGGUAUAGUGAGUGAAUUUCCCCCAGCAUCAUCGUUUCGACCUUUUGAUUUUUUGGAUGAUACUCGUUUUAAUUUUUUGAUAUCUUCAAUAUUAUGGGGUGACAUAGUCACUUUAGCCGAUAGGCGUGCACCUACAGCACCGGUGCAUCGGAGAUUUAUUGAAGAAACAAAUACUCUAUCAAAACGUCUAGAAUUUUACCGUCAUAUUAGUAACAAUGGAAAUCUCGAAAAUGGGUUAGAUUCUAUUUAUAAAUGGUUAAUUCAGUCUAACACAACUCGAGUGGUACAUCAUGAUCUUGUCGCUAACAUUGUCUCUAUGGGAGUUUUGUUCUCUAUGUGUGGAUUGAUGGUAGCCCCACUUCGACUGCGAUGGAUAGAGUGUCAACUCGGUGUUAUGCUUCUCCGCGGUAGUGUCUGGUCGCUUGCUGCUGGUCUCUUAACGCGCGAUCUCUUCUCCGUCGCGGUGCAGGGCCUCACCGCCUCCAUCAUCCUCCGCUGCCUCUCUUACAGCACUCACACAGCACCUACCAAUACGAAUAUAAAUAUAAAUAAGAACUCUGAUUCCCAUUCUUCGACGGUUCACAACGGCGAGUCGCGGGUGUUGUUGGGCCCGUCGCUCCUCCCGCCGUCGAAGUACUGCGACACGCGCCAUCCAUUUUACACCGUCGCGGCGGUGUGGCUGGCGGCGGGGGCGGCGGCGCACGUGGCGGCAACGCCGAUCCUCAACGCCGUUCUCGCGCAGCACUUCGGCCCCUCCACCGCCGCCUCUUCUUCGUUUUCGUUCGCCCGCCGCGGGCUUCUGCGCGGGGCCGUCAGUCUUCUCCCCCUCGCCGCCCUCCUCCCGCAGCAGGCCGUGUGGCUCACGUGGUACGAGACCGCAGGCGCCAGCAUCAUCCCAACACCCGCAUCUCCACUGCGCCAGAGACCAGAUCUCCUUCAAACUGAAGAGUGGCGGCACUUCAGGCACAAGGCACUGUUGGGCGCAUUCGCCGCCACCACAGCAUUGGAUGCGGUGCUUUAUCCACUCCAGAGACGUUGCUGGCGCAGUUUUCUCGCACAAAUCUAUAAACCCGCAGCUGCCCCAAGUUAUGGGAGGAGACUCUACGCUGGAUAUAGCUACCGUCUCGCUGGGAACCUUACUAUUAUGUUCUCGUCAUCACUCUCAAUGUAUCUUUUGGGGGUUAUUUGA